AUGGCUAACAUCCAGCGAGUCGUCAUCUCGCUUAUGGUCAUUUUGACCGCCACUUUCCUUUUCAUGGGACAGACUGCGGAAGCGGCCAAAGGACCCAAAAUCACCCACAAGGUCUUCUUUGACAUCGAGCAUGGAGAUGAGCCCCUGGGUCGGAUUGUUCUGGGCCUCUACGGAAAGACGGUACCCAAGACCGCCGAAAACUUCCGUGCCUUAGCCACCGGCGAGAAGGGCUACGGCUAUGAAGGCUCGACUUUCCAUCGUGUCAUCAAGGAUUUUAUGAUCCAGGGUGGUGAUUUCACAAGAGGAGACGGUACUGGCGGCAAGUCGAUCUACGGAGACAAGUUUGAAGACGAGAACUUCAAGUUGAAGCACAGCAAAAAGGGCUUGUUGAGCAUGGCGAACGCUGGAAAGAACACCAAUGGUUCCCAAUUCUUCAUCACCACGGCAAUUACGAGCUGGCUCGACGGCCGUCACGUCGUCUUCGGAGAAGUUCUCGAAGGCUACGACAUCGUGGACAAGAUUCAGAAUGUCGCCAAGGGCGCACAAGAUCGGCCCAGCAAGGCGGUCAAGAUUGUGAAGAGCGGAGAGAUCGAGGUUCCCGCGGAAGGUAUUCAUGCCGAACUUUGA